AGUAGAAAACGAAACUUAAGCGUUGGCUUGAUAAACGCUGUUCUCAGGGCGUGAGCGCACAUUGACCGAUUCAACUGAGCGUCAACAGCGGAGGAGAGAGAAAAGGACUGGACUAAGUUUCCAAACAGCCGACAUCAUGAAAACAACCAUGAGGCGACACUGGGUUUUCAUACAUCUUCUAUGUUUCCUGGUUGGAGGUUUAGUUGACUCCUCUUCCCUGUCCUCCGCCAAACACUUCCUGUCCGUCACCUCCACGGUGGGGAACCAGGUGGUCCUUCCCUGCAGCUGGAAGUCUCACCUGGGGGAGGAGGUCCCAUCCGCCUGCCAUGUCCAGUGGACCACCCUGGCCGACACGGUGUUCGAGCAGUGGGGGGCACAGAAGUGGCAGGCGGAGACGUUCAGGGGCCGGGCGGAGGUUCCAGAGGAGAAGCUCGGGGCCGGGGACUGUUCGCUGAUCAUCAGCGACGUUCAGAUCGGAGACACGGGGAGAUACGAGAGCUUCAUGGUGGUGGACGGAGCGAGGUCCAAGAAAACCAGGGUCUUCAUUCAGAGUGUCAAGCUGUCUGUGUUCGACCACAAAACCCGUCAGUCUCUGGGUCCAGGUGAAGACCUGGUUCUGAAUCUCCACACCAAUCACUCUGUGAGAGUGGUCUUCCUCGGCAGUAACAGCUCAGAGUGGUCGCUCGUGUGGAUGCGGGGGGAUGAAAACACUGAGCGGCUGGAGAAACAUCCGCUGAAGGAGCAGCUGACCAUAAAGAACUUAAAGAGCUCUGACGGAGGAACGUACAAAGUUCUGGAUGAGCAGGGCCUCGCUGUCAGCACCGUGCUGCUCUCUGUGGAAGAGGGAUCCACAGCUCUCCACCGGGUUAUGGAUAAGGAAACAGUAGCAGGUGACGCUGCCAAAAGCAGCUGCUCAGCUCUUCUCAUCUUGUCUGUACUUGUCACGAGUUUCCAAAUUCCUCAUCUGCUCUGAAACAAUCUGCCCUGAGCAGUUCACUGACACAUGAAGCUGGUUAUCGUGAUAAUUUAUUAUCACGGUCUCUGAAUGUAAAUCUAGUCUGAACCAUGUUUGAAAGGAGCCAGGUAAGCUCUGUGACUUCACCACAGUUAUAUACACCUUCUCUAUUCUUCACCACGUUUGUACUAUACUAUUAUAUACAUACAGAUUGAAAACUACUUUGGUAUGUGGUUUCUCUGAGGACUGGUGCUUCUCUCAGACCUCACAGCAUUAUAAACCGAGCCUCGGGAUCCCAGAACUGAGGCCAGUAAAAGAUUUCUGUUCAGUUCCAAUGUGUAUGUGUAUAUAUAUAUAUAUAACUUUUUAUUUUUACACUCUCAGAAACAUCUGUGAUAAUAUAAAAUAUUAAUAUCUUUUAAACUUUUAUUCCUAGCAUUAACAAACUCUGUAGGAUGGAAGCUUGUAGAUUUGGAGAAAAUGAGACUGAUACUGAAAGUGUCAUGGACACGUACAGUUUGGGGAAUUUCAAGAUAUAAAUGCCCAAACAUGACUUGACAGAUAAAAUGUUUUUGAGGUGAUAGAAAUGAAAUAAUAUCAAGGGCUGAAAAAAACAUGAAAACAGGAUUUGAACAAAAAUAUUUUCCAGGCCUUGGUUUUGUGGUUUUGGGAUCCGCUCAUUAAAGAACUGUGACCAAGAUGAGACGGUGCUGCAGCAGCCUGAUCUGAUCUGAUACACAGUGACUCUAAUGAGCAUAUCUCACUACGUUUGAACAAAUGAUCAGUUUAGUAGGAAAAUAAUCUUCAGAUUAAUCAGAUAGAGUGAAACGUCUUUCUGUUUCUAAAUCCUCUCAUUCAGUUUAUACAAUCUAGAUCUGUCACUACAGCUUCCAGAUGAAUGUAAAUAAUGUAAUGUAGCAUCAAAGACUAAUUGAUCAAUCAGCACAUGAAUCAAUAAUAAUCACUAGUUGCAGGUCCAGUGUGAAAGAAAUGAACUCAGUCUAUGAAGUGACUGAAUGAUUGAGGACAUGGAAAUUAUUAUUAUCAUCAUCAUUGUUGUUACUAUCAGAAGUUACAUAAGAUGUUUUGUAGUUAAUGGAUGUUUUGUGAAUAGUGGACUUGCUGUGAUUGUGUUAGUUGUGUUAGUGUGUGUGAUAUUCACAGUACUAAGAACUCAUCCAUAGACUCAGCAGCUCCUGUAUUCAUACUGACUUUUUUUGAAUAACUGUUCAAAAGAUUGAACCUAACAUUUAAUAAAGAGAUGAAACAAUAAAACAAA